GCUGCCUGUUGGACUACUUUUCAUCAUCAACGAAUUUUCGCGGUCAAAGUUGCACUUUCUUCGUCGCAAAUCAGACAGUUAUAAUAUAGGGGCCGAAAAUGUCUGAACGUAAAGUGCUUCAGAAAUAUUACCCUCCCGAGUUCGAUCCUCGCGAGAUCGAGCGCCGUCGCGGACCAAAACAAACCGGCCCUCGCUUGCAGACCGUUCGUCUUAUGGCACCAUUCUCCAUGAAGUGUCUCACAUGCGGUGAAUUCAUCUACCGCGGGCGCAAGUUCAACUCGCGCAAAGAAACGAACCAGGAGCAAAAGUACCUGAACAUCCAAAUCUUCCAGUUCCAUAUCAAGUGCACGCGAUGCAGCGCCGAAAUCAUAUUUCGAACGGACCCGAAAAAUAAUGACUAUGCCAUGGUCAAGGGCGCCAUGCGUAACAUGGAGCCGUGGAAGAAUCGGCCAAACGAGGACGAGACCCUAGAGGAAAGGCUGGACAGGUUGGAAAAGGAAGAAGCCGAAGCUGAAGGAGAGGAGGAAAAGAAUGCUAUGGAAGAAUUGGAGGCUAAAAAUGCAGAAGCAAGAAGGGAAAUGGCAGCAGCAGAUGCCUUGGACGAAAUUCGCCAUCGCAAUGCGAGAAUCAAUCGUUCCGAGAAGGACGGAGUAGACUACGCGGACAGUGUUGUCCGUGUAGAGGACGUCGAGAAGAUCCAACAAGACCAGGAGGAUGAAGCGGCUGCUAAAGCUGCUUUUGCUGCUGCUCGAGAAAAUGUUGCUGACGCAGAGGAGGCGACAGUAUUAUCAGCGACGCCUGCUGGACCGUCGGUGGCCUCGUCAUCAGCAAGUGCCGACGCAGCUGCUAUGCCGCCGCCAUCAUUUAAGCGAGUGGUUAAGAAGAAGAAGGACUAUGGAGCUAUGUUGGGCAUCAAAAAGAAGCCAUCGUUGGUCUGAGCACUUGGCAAACUUAGCGUGUACAUUACAAGAUAUUCUUAUGACAUAGGGCGGCGUUUCAAAGGUUUAAUUUUAUCAUUCACGUUUUUUGUUUCGAAACAUUAAAAGUUCAGAAAGAGACCUCACGGAUUACAAAACCAGGAGUGGCAUUUGUGCGGCAUUGUGCCGAAAUAGUGUGUAUGUAAGGAAAGAUCAAGCUAGCUGAGCAGCACCUCAUGGCUGUGCUUCCACCAACGCCGAUUCAUAUGUGUCUUAAAAAAAUCCCAGGAAACGAAACCGUAUAAAGUCAGAAAAGAAAACCAGUACUCCAGCGCCAUCAUCAAAAUUGUCAUUGCGGGUCAGAGCAGUUCCGUUCGUGCGAGUGCCGAGUUCGUAUUGAGAGCGUUUUGCGGCUGUCAAGACAAAUGCUCAGCAGAUAUCCGCGGACCAGAGCCUCAAGCCAUCGCCAUUAUUGCACUGCUAUGCGUGUAUUAUACCGUGUGUUUUGUGGUAAGCCCAAAUUGUAGAGAAGACGGUUGUGGUGUUUAAUUGGCGAUGCCAUUGGAAAUGGUGGAUGAUUCGGAAGUCAUGCUGCUAUUUGAUGGCUGAGGAGGGGCAUUUACAGACGUAGCCUCCAUUAAACGUUUUGUAUGCUCGUGCAUGAAUCGAGAGUAAGUUGUAAUAUUUUGAGGCGGAGGGGGUGAGUUGGGAAUAGACAUGGCAAGUUGCUGUCUGGUAGGCAUGGUGUUGUGUAUUGCAGUAGACGAGAGAGGGAGGCCAAGAUGGUGUGUUGAUAUAAAAUAGUAGAGUGAUUCCCAAUGUUCGGCGUGUUCUGAUGUAGGAAGUAGAUAUGAAUCCCUGA